AUGUGUUACCAGGUAGUCACACAUACCAUGGUCUGCGACGUCCGGCCGGUGGUCUUCAAUGGAGAGGAGCAGUUUGUGGACACCCUUAAGGAGUCUCCCGAGUGCGUCUGCGAGCCAGAUCCUCGAAUCAAAUCGUGGUUUCGUUGUGAAGAGCACGGGUGCUGCAGGGUGUUGAAGAAGAAGACGCGGUGCCCAACUUUCGAAAACUGUACCGGCGUUAUCGACUUGCACCGUUAUGAGCAGCCCAGCAGUCAGCAGAAUUCCCAGGCCUGGGACUCAUUCCGAAAUUUGGACGAGGUUCUCUUCCCAUUUGGCGGUCUGCCAUACUUCUGUGAGAUGACCACUGCCCGUCAACGGUCGCUGGUUGAGGCUAUCGGCUUAAUUCGACAGAUUACAGAAAUUAGCAACAGUCUCGAUAAAGCACGCACGUCAGUCGUCCUUGUCCGUAAAGUGCACGAUGAAAAGCAUUGGGCAUGUGAAAAGGCACUCACUGAAAAAGAGUGCAGCCAUCUUGAGCUCUUGAAGGAAUCGGAGUGGAUGGUUGAUGAGUGGAAAAGGUUGCUGAAGUUCACGGUUUCGCUGUACCAGGCUAGUUUCUGGCUGUUACAGUUCCACUGGGAGAAGCCAGAAGACUUGUCGAAGAAACUGGACAUGUUGGUGAGGAAAGAUACAAAGGAGAUUUUGGACAAAGUAGAGAGAGUUGGCUAUCGAGGCUUCUUCAAGAAAGUCUUCCAUAGGUGGUUUUAG